GCGCUUGGCGGCUGCGGCUCAGGGGGCGGGCAGCGGGGCGGCUGCCGGACCGAGCCCCGCGCCAGCCCAGAAGGCCGCGGCGGGGACGGCCGCGCCAGCCAGCUGGAGAGCGAGCGAGCGGCCGAGGCAGCACCAGCAUGGGCGGCGGGGCCCGGUGGCUGCCGCUCCUGCUGCUGCCGCUGCUGCUGCUGCUGGUGCCGCGGGGCGAGGCGGAGCCGGCGCUGCUCGAGGCGGAGGAGGCCGAGGCCUGGCUGCGCUCCUACGGCUACCUGCCCGCCGCGCCCCGGCAGCCCUCCACCCUGCGCGCCGCGCGGAGCCUGGCGGCCGCCCUGGCCGAGAUGCAGGCCUUCUACGGCAUCCCGGUGACCGGCCUGCUGGACCAGGAGACGCGAGCGUGAGUGACGGGCCG